AUGGUAUGUUAUAUGGAAAGGUUGGAGGAAUGGCUGCCAAAGGAGUUGAAAGAAGUGAAGAAAGAUCGGGUUUUUGCUCAGAUUUGUAAGUUGUACGAGAAUGGUUUGGGUUACUCGGCGAGAGUGAUACACAGCUUCUUGUGUAGGGAGCUGGUGACUUACAAAAACCAUGAGCUAUGUCUAUCACGUAAGGAGUUGGUUGACUUCGAAGAUGAUGGUGGUUUCUGGAGCACAGUGGUGAGGAGAAAAGAGGGAGUAACUAUGUUGGACUUGUGGAAGAAUCACCAUGAAUCUGUUAAGAAGUGGAGUAAUGUUGAUCGAAUAAGAAAGGUGUAUAUGUGCAUCAUUGUUACUAUGGUUUGCGCGAGAGAUGAGAAGGCUAAUAUCCCCUUCAAGUAUAUCAAGUUGGUCAUGGAUCUUGAUAAUGUUCGAAAGUAUACCUGGGGAGUUGCUUCUUUUGACCUUCUCUGCGAGUCAAUAGCUAAAACACGUUACAAACUGAAGGAGAAGACUACUAGUUACGUGUUAGAUGGCCUCUCCUACGCCUUGCAGAUUUGGGCAAUGGAAGCAGUACCAAAGAUUGGAAAGCUCUGUGGAAAAAACAUGGACAAGGAUGACAUCUAUCCAUACAUCUCGUGGAAUGGGAAUUAUGAAGUGGUUGAAAAUGCUGCUUUUCAUAGAGCUGAUGAGGUGGGGGAUGAUAGAAUCAAGGUUCUCAUGAGGAUGAUAUGUACUAAGCAUCACUUCAGUGACCAUAUUUGGGAGUUCGAAGAGACACCAGAGAUUUUUUGGGGGCUUCAUGACAAACAAGGAGAGGAUGAUGAAGUAGCUGAGAAUGAUGAAUCAGCUCAGAAUGAUGAAGAAGCUCCCAAGAAUGAUGAAGAAGAUGGGAGUGAUGAAGAAUUUGGAACUCCAAGAGGAUCAGCGAACAGAGGCUCCAGAGCUAGAAGGGAAAGAAGAGGCUCCCGGAUAGUUGAAUGGAAAAAGGAAGCAAAAGUUGCCCAGCUACGUAAACAGAUGGGUGAAAGAUUUGAGAAAAUGCAGUCUGAGCUUAAAGGUUCACUAAAGGAUGCAAGCGUUGAAGUUGACGAUUUAGAGCCAUCGAAGAGCGAGCCAUCGCCUAGCAAGCCAUCGCCGAGCAAGCCAUCGUCGAGCAAGCCACCACCGAGCAUUCCAUCUCUAAGGAGGUCCAAACGCUGGGUAAAGAACCCCUAG